GUGACUGGUGACUUAUCUUGCGAAGGAGCCUUCCAGCAGGUCUACCACCGACAGUGGACAGUGUCAUUUUGAAAUCGGUGCAAACAGACACGUGGGGAACAAGUACAGUAAUAGUAUUGAUUAUGUAACGAAAGAUGAACUCCUUACAUGGAUUCAGGAUGAAGAUAACAUAUUGCGGAGAGACAUAAAGUGACUGAUUAUGGGAUUUGAAAUGAAGACCUGAUGACUACAUCAAAUACAGACUAAAGCCACGAGCCUGUUUCUUAUCACAAAAUAGUAUUCCAUUCGUUUUAAAUCAAAUCGCAUGAAAUGAGAGUCAGCUCUCAAUGCCAGGGAAGGAGCACGUCCCAUGUCAAUUUCUUUUAAUUAAGUGAUUCUAGACUUUAUUAACUCCCACUUGGAGAAAAAAAAACAUCUCUGCUUGAAAAGCAGAGAUGACUGACAAUGUGAGCUCCAGAGUUGACAAACUUGACACCCCAACUAAUAUUUCCCUGAGUCCCAGCCUUGCCAUUUCCCAGUCCCCGGAGUAUAAGACGGUGUCUGUCUUCUUGGUCCUGUUGGUGUGUAGUGUCGGCAUUGUGGGAAAUAUCAUGGUGGUCCUUGUUGUCUUGACCACCCGUCACAUGAGGACACCAACAAAUUGUUACCUGGUGAGCUUGGCCACAGCUGAUCUAACUGUACUAGUAGCUGCUGGACUUCCGAACAUCUCAGACAGUCUCACGGGAACCUGGGUGUUUGGGCACGCCGGCUGCUUGGGAAUCACCUACCUGCAGUACUUGGGCAUCAAUGUGUCAUCCUGCUCCAUCACAGCCUUCACUGUGGAAAGGUACAUCGCUAUCUGCCACCCAAUGAAGGCUCAGACUGUGUGCACAGUGUCCAGGGCCAAGAGGAUCAUUGCAGGGGUUUGGAUCGCCACCUGUGUUUACUGCAUAUUAUGGUUUUUCCUUGUGGAUAUACAGGUGAGCCCGGAUGGACGUGUUCAGUGUGGGUACAAGGUGAAGCGGGAGCUCUACCUGCCCAUCUACCUCAUCGACUUUGCUAUUUUCUAUGUCGUCCCAUUACUUCUCGCUAUUGUGCUCUACGGGCUGAUAGCACGGAUUCUCUACCUCGGACCUCUGCCAAACCAACCAGAAACCAGUGCUACCACUUUGCGCCAAACCUGUCGACAGGUCACAGAAACGGGGAAAAGAAGUCGACCACGCCACCCGAAGAAUGCACUGUCCUCCAGGAAACAGGUGACAAAGAUGUUAGCUGUGGUGGUGAUCCUAUUCGCUCUGCUCUGGAUGCCCUAUCGAACAUUAGUUUUGAUCAACUCUUUUGUGUCCACGCCUUAUUUGGAUGCCUGGUUCCUAUUAUUUUGUCGGACGUGCAUUUAUUCCAACAGCGCAAUCAACCCCGUGAUAUACAAUGCCAUGUCUCAGAAGUUCCGCUCAGCAUUUAGUGGGCUGUACCACUGCAAGCAGCAAGAGGGAAAGCAGAGGAGAUUGUCAGUCACCCCUGCAGGCUUCGUUACGGUCCGCGACCCUCAUACAUCAUUGUCCAAAAGAGCGAUUGUAAAUGCUGCUACAGACGUAAACAUAAAACGUAAUGGAAAUGAUCAUCAAGAGAUGAAGGUGAUCGAUGGCAACCGAGCAGAAAAUUUUAUUUGGCCAGCAUCUCAUUGUUUAGAUGUCAGUUCCAUUGGCACGGCCCUCCUAAGUGAUGUGAAGGAGUCUCAUUCAAAUGCUGACACAGUUUAUUUUCCUGACACGCAUCCAAAAAAAAACUCACCUGGAUGCUCGAUGAAUUUAUAGAAAGCUACUUACCGUAAUUUAGAGAAAUUUGAAAUACCCAUCUACCUAUUGAUGUCAAGUUAUUAUUUCUCAGUCCAAAAAAAUAAAUCUGUAAAAAAAUGCGGGUGGCCCAGUGAUCAAGUGGUUAGCGCGUCGACCUCACAGUGCAGAUCUAACGGGUUCAAUUUCAGCUCUGGCCUCCCUGUGUGGAGUUUGCAUGUUCUCCCUGGGCCUGCGUGGGUUUUCUCUGGGUACUCCGGUUUCCUCCCACAUUCCUAAAACAUGCAUGGCAGGCUGAUUGAACACUCUAAAUUGUCCCGAGGUGUGAGUGUGGGCGCGGAUGGUUGUUUGUCUCUGUGUGCCCUGCGAUUGGCUGGCAACUGGUUCAGAGUGUCCCCCGCCUACUACCCGAAGACAUCUGGGAUUGGCUCUAGCACCCCCCUUGUGAGGA